AUGAAUAUUAAACUUAGCAGAAACAUAUUCUUAGCAGCCAUUUUGGUUUGUCUCUUUGCAGGUGUAUAUUGCGAAAGCUUGCUCAAAAAUAGAGUUAUUGUUGUUGUUGAUAGUUCUUCAUAUUAACAUACUCACUCAACAUUCUUUAAUGACCUUAGAUCCAAGGGAUACGAUUUAGAUUUUAGAGCAUUAAACUCAGCUACUAUCAAGUUAUUGACUUAUGGUGAAUAUAAUUAUGAUUAAAUGAUUGUUAUUGCCUCCUCACAUAUGGAUGGCAAGGGUUUAACCAAAAAUAAAAUUGCUGAGUUUUUCGAUUCAGGCCGUAACGUUUUUAUUGCUACUGAUAUUGACUCUUCAAAGACAAUCCGUUAAUUAUACAACGAAUUUGGUGUUGAUAUUGAUGAAUAUAGUUCAAGAGUUUAAGAUCACUUUAAUAAGGAUUCUGAGUAAGAUCACAGUUAUGUUUAUUCUAAAAAUAUAAUAAAACAAGAAGUAUUCUGUCCCUAAUUAGAUAAGCCUAUUCUUUAUAGAGGUGCUGGUUUGACUAUGACUCCAUACGAAACUUACUAAGUUUAUGGCGUUUUACGUGGUGAAGAUACUACUUACUCCUAUUCUUAAGAGAGAAGAGAAUCAGUAAACUCAGGAAGCUAAGUUAUCCUUGUGUCUGCUACUUAAGGUAGAAACAAUGCCAGAGCUGUCCUUACAGGUUCAAUCGAAAUGUUGAGCAACGAAUUCUAUAAAAAUGAAAAAUAUGCUAACAGAUAAUUUGUUAAUAAUGUUAUUGACUGGAACUUCGGUUUAAAUGGUGUUCUCAAGGUUGGAAAAAUCACAUACACUAGAAAAGGAGAAAAAGAAAAUUCUAACGAAUAUAGAAUUAAAGAUUUCUUAGAUUACUCUAUUGAAAUUUUCACAUACAGCUAGAAAAAAAAUAGUUGGGUUCCUUACAUUACCGACGAUAUUGUUCUUGAAUUUAUUAUGCUUGACCCUUAUAUCAGAUAAACUCUCACAAGAGAAGGAAAAACACAAGUCUAUAAAGCAAGCUUCUAGAUUCCUGACAAGCAUGGUAUCUUCAAACUUAAGGUCAAAUAUCAAAAGCCUGGAUUUACUUUUAUUGAAGAAUCUAAUAAGGUUACUGUUAGACCAUUUAAGCACAAUGAAUAUCCUAGAUAUUUAGAACAAGCUUAUCCUUACUACUUUAGUACUUGGGCUACUCUGAUUGGAUUUUUAGUAUUAGUUGUUUACUUCUUGUUCCAUUAAGAUAAAGAAGUAUCUGUGAGUAAAAAAACUGACUGA